CCUGCGUCGCUCCGUUGAGUUCCGUCUAGCGGUAAGCAGAGAAGCGGUAGUCCUGCCUGUCUGUCUCUGCAGGGAGGAGGAAGUCAGCGGACUGCCUUCUUCAACCGAAAUUACAACCUACAGAGGUGAAGGCUACAGAGACCAUGGAGUCCACCAGGAGACGCACCCAGCACAGCGCCAAUGGAAAAGGAUCCGAGGCAGUGGGAAAGUCAGCACAGUGGGGGAGAGCAUGGGAGGUGGACUGGUUUUCCUUGAUCGGUGUCGUGGGCCUCCUCUGCUUCGCUCCCUUCAUUGUCUUCUACUUUGUGAUGGCGUGCGAUCAGUACCAGUGCUCCAUCAGCCAGCCGCUGUUAGAGCUGUACCAAGGAAAGGCAACGUUGCUCUCCAUCUGGGCCCGGGCCCCCUCCUUCACGUGGAGCGCUGCUAAGAUAUAUGCCAUCUGGGUGGGCUUUCAGGUGUUCCUCUAUAUGUGUAUUCCAGAUGUUGCCCAUAAGUUUAUCCCAGGCUACGUCGGUGGAGUGCAGGAUGGAGCUCGUACCCCUGCCGGUCUUAUCAACAAGUAUGAGAUCAACGGGCUGCAGUGUUGGAUCAUCACCCAUGCUCUGUGGUUUGCUAAUGCCAAUUAUCUCCACUGGUUUUCUCCCACCAUCAUCUUUGACAACUGGAUCCCCCUGAUGUGGUGCGCCAACAUACUCGGCUACGCUGUGUCCACCUUUGCCUUUUUGAAGGCCUACCUGUUCCCCACCAACGCCGAGGACUGCAAGUUUACAGGGAACGUCUUCUACAACUACAUGAUGGGCAUUGAGUUCAACCCGCGCAUCGGCACGUGGUUCGACUUCAAGCUGUUCUUCAAUGGCCGACCUGGCAUCGUUGCCUGGACUCUGAUUAACUUGUCCUACAUGGCCAAGCAACAGGAGCUGUACGGCCACGUCACCAACUCCAUGAUUCUGGUGAAUUUGCUGCAGGGCAUUUACGUGUUGGAUUUCUUCUGGAAUGAGGCCUGGUACCUGAAGACUAUCGAUAUCUGCCAUGACCACUUUGGCUGGUAUCUAGGCUGGGGGGACUGUGUGUGGUUGCCAUACCUCUACACCCUGCAGGGCCUGUACCUGGUGUACCACCCAGUCCAGCUCUCAGACACUCACGCCGUAGCUGUCCUGUUGCUCGGACUCAUCGGGUAUUACAUCUUCCGCUCCACCAACCAUCAGAAGGAUCUGUUCCGCCGCACAGAGGGCGCCUGCUCCAUCUGGGGCCGCAAGCCGACCUACAUCGAGUGCUCGUACCUGUCCGCCGACGGCCACACUCACCGCAGCAAGCUCCUGACCUCAGGUUUCUGGGGGGUGGCGCGCCACUUCAACUACACCGGCGACCUGAUGGGCUCCCUAGCCUACUGUGCUGCCUGUGGUUUCGGCCACAUUCUGCCCUACUUCUACAUUGUUUACAUGACCAUCCUGCUGGUCCACCGCUGCAUACGCGACGAACACCGCUGCAGCAGCAAGUACGGGAAAGACUGGAAGCGUUACACCGACGCGGUGCCUUACAGGCUGAUUCCUGGAGUCUUUUAAAGAGAGGAAGAGGAGGAGUUAGAAGAAAACACACAGCUCGUGGAUGGUGAACUGAUGAAUAAGUGGUUUAAAGCAAGAUAAGCUUGGCCCCUCUCACUGAACUUCAGACUCUGCACUUCUGAUUAUUCUGGUACUUUUAUAACACUGCACUGCAAGCUUGUUUCUAUACUCAUCAUCUGCCCCAGAAAUACAGUUUCCUGUUUCCAUAAAGCCUCACACAGAACAUUUUUUAAAAAGAUGGAUUUAAAAAAAAAACACACCCCCAGCUAUCAUCAGGAAUAUACAAAGUUAUCUCUGUGAAACAAUGACUGAUGCUGCUCAUACAAGCUGAAUGUCGUACAGUAAUAAACAUGGGUUACUGGGAGGAAAGCACUUAAAUCUCAAUUUAUCAGCUAUUUCAUACCAGGUUCAAAUUUGUCAACAUGUCAGAAUUGUUUUACCUUUCUGUGUUUGUUUGUUUGUUUUUUUCUGAAUUUUUAAAGUCUACUUUCUUUCAGAUCAAUAAAACAAUAAAAGGAUGCUUGUUUGGAAAAAACAGGGAUGGACCCUCCCUAUAGUGGGUUCUAACAACUUAAGUUUUCUUUUUUUUUUUUUUUUGACCAAAAAAGUGUACUCAUUGUCAUGGUUAUAUAUAUAACCUGAUUGUCCUCCUGCAGUCAGGAAUAGUCACGAUCGAGCCUUAUUGGUGACAACCAUCCUGACCUCUGGCUGAGAACUCCUUACUGGUCCCAUCUUUCAUUCUUAACAGUUACCGAGUUGUUCGCUCGAUCAAAGUUCAUCCACAUUCCAGCGCAAAGAAAAUGUUUCUCUCUCGAUACUGUUGCUUUUCUGUACUUUACACUCAGGCAAUAAACUGAAAAAGUAACUUAAGUUUAAAGAC